AUGAACCGUUUGACUCCUAAACAGAUAAUUAAUGAAAUGAUUAUUCAAUACAAGAGUUUACACACGAAUACCCCUCGGCUUAAAAAAUUGAGCGCCAAGUGUUGGAUCAGGUGUCGAUUGGGUGUGUCAUCUGUGAUGUCUUUGCCGUCCUCGGGAGUGAUGCACGCCACUCAUGUCGAUGAGUUCAUAUUCAACUGCUGUGUCUCGUCGAUGAUCGCCGACGAGGGGACGGACACGUCUGGGGCCGAGUGGUCGUCGUCCUCGUCAGCGGCGGCGGCGAUGAAUGUGUUCUCCAUCGACGAGAAUAAGAUCCGCGACGGGAAUGGCAUCAUAUUUGCCGAAGCGAUCACUUGCUAUAAGUGUACGUUUUGCGGCAAAAUGUUCGCCGCUAUGGAAGUGGUUCUCACACACUAUCAGUCAAACCAUAGAUGUUCUGUCAUUCCUCUCCUUAAAGGUUUAUCAAAACUAUCGACACCUAAACUCAAAGCACCGAAAUAUAACUUCUCAAAUAGGAGUCAAUCGCCGCAAACCAGUGCUUCAAAAGUUAUUAAAACUAAAAAAAUCUUUAAAACUCCGGAACCAUUGAAAGCGAAAGUCAACGCAAAGAGUGAUCUGGAAAAUAGCGGAUCCAAUAAAUUGACAGAAAGUGCAGCAAAAAAUUUAAGACAUUUGAGGGAAAGCACUAAAAAUGUCACUUUAGGUGAUAUAAUAACCAAAAAGGGUUAUAAUAAACGUUCAUUCAAAUGCCAUUUCCGAGGCUGUUCUCUUGGAUUCAUAAAGAAAGCCUAUUUAGAGAGUCACCUGAAGUCGCAUAAGAAGAUGAAGUCCUAUAAGUGUGAAUGGAGUGACUGUCAGUUCAAAUGCUCGGAUUUGGCCGGUUUUGAGUUCCACAAGAAGAGCCAUUCGGGUGACAAUCCAUACAAGUGCUGUUGGCCCGGAUGUGACCACUCGUUCGCCGAUUCCACCGCCAAAGAUGAACACAUGCAGAGCCAACACAUAUGGCCGUUCCACAAGAAGAGCCAUUCGGGUGACAAUCCAUACAAGUGCUGUUGGCCCGGAUGUGACCACUCGUUCGCCGAUUCCACCGCCAAAGAUGAACACAUGCAGAGCCAACACAUCGGCGAUCGCAUUCUUGAGUGCGAUUACGCCGGAUGUGGCGCUAAAUUCAAAUUAGCCGUCGAUAGAGACCGACAUAAACAAAUUCAUUCGGGAAAGAAGAUCUCAGCGCCGCCUAAACUCGUAAACGGUGUUGCAGUGAGAGGUCGCGGCCGUCCGCCCAUUAAAAGGAAGACAUACAUCGAAAUCAGUUCUUCCAGUGAGUCAUCGGAUGAAGAAAGUGAAGACGAAGAGGAAGAAGAAGGCGAUGAAGCAGUGGUGGACACCAAUAAAAAGGACAAAAGUGUUAAUCAAGAUAUUGAUGGCGAUAUGAAAUGCGAACCAUUAGAUCUCUCGAAGACAGGCUCUAAACUAAGUACUGAGACAAACAAACCGUUGGAAACAAAGAGCAAAACGCCAUCAAAAAGGGGUCGAAAACGUAAAGAGGAAUCAGUCUCUGAGAAGAAGGUAUCGGUGCAUGUCUUCAGAUGUGAUUAUCCCGGAUGUCGGAAGACAUUCACGGUAUCCGAUCUCCUAAAGGAUCACGAGAGGGACGCCCACAACACCCCUGACAUCGAUGGCCGCUCACGAUAUGGACGCCGUUGUAAAGGAAAUCUUUAUUAUAAAAUCUAA